AGAGGGAGUUCAGUGACUACCUCCCCACCGAGCCAGCUCCGCCGGGCAGGGCCAGGAGGGAGUGGGACAGAAUCUGGGAGUGCAGCUGGGAGGAGUCCUGGCUGGGCUGAGCGCGGGGAGCUGCUUGGCAGUGCCAGAGCCCAGGCCCCAGAGCCCCGCAGGAGAGGAAGUGGACCGAGAAGGCAGGCCCUGUGAGGCAGUGAGAUGGCGGACUCCUACACGGAGCUAGAGAAGGCGGUGGUCGUCCUGGUGGAAAACUUCUACAAAUAUGUCUCCAAGCACAGCCUGGUCAAGAACAAGAUCAGCAAGAGCAGCUUCCGGAAGAUGCUUCGGAAAGAGCUCAACCAUAUGCUGACGGACACGGGGAACCGGAAAGCUGCUGACAAGCUCAUCCAGGACCUGGACGCCAACCACGACGGACGCAUCAGCUUUGACGAGUACUGGACCUUGAUAGGCGGCAUCACUAGUCCUAUCGCCAACCUUAUUCGCCAGCAGGAGCAGCAGAACAGCAGCUAGAGGCCCUCCCACCCUCCCUUCCCCCCAUGCCCGUCCUAGGCUCCCUCCUCUGCCCACCCAGGCAGGCCCCUUCCUCCCCUCUCCCUCUAGACCCUCUUCGGACCAUAGCUGAACAGGGUAUGGGGAAACGUCAGGGCCCCUUCGUGAGUGUCUCAGCUGGGGGUGCCUCCCUGUGGGUCUCAGUCCCUGGAGCCAGCGGACCCUGGGGCCCCUCUGUGACAAUGCUGUAUGGGGACCCAAGAGUCUCCCUACCUGUUCAGUCCAUCUACCCUUCUGACUUCCUCUGUUCCUGCCUGAUUCCGGGCCUCUCCUGACCUCAGAGGUCAGCUUGCUGCUUCAGGUCUCCGGGGUUCCUGGCAGCACCAGCAAGGACUUCUCUCUCCCUCUCCCCUCAGCCCCUCUGCUGGGUACAGGAGACUUCCAGGGAUUGUCCGCCAGCUGCCUCUGCGUCUGGGAACAGGGUCGAGCCCCCUCCCUCCUCUGCAGCCGCUGAAAUGGGAAAAAGGCUGGAUCUAGAGUUUUCCUCCCCCUUACCCAGUCCUUCUGUCAUGUUUAUUAAAGCCUUUCCAGCCUUGGAACCUC